CCAUUGUUCUCUGGCGAGGAUUCUCCAAGGAGUCUCAAAACAUGAGCUGGCUCAGAAAUGCCAAGAUACGCGUGGAGCAAGCUGUCAAGCAAAAGAAGAUCUUUAUGAUCCAAGGCCACUACCCAGUGAUCCGGAGCCUCUUGCGCCAGAGGGGCUGGGUAGAGAAGAUCCAUCACUUGGGGACCCCCCUGCCACCAUCGCGGAAGGAUCUGGGUGGCUCAGUAGUGGGUAACAGUGACACCACAAAGGAUGAGGACGAAGACGAAGACAGUGCGUUGCGGCUACCACAGCUGUUUGACUUUCGUGAUUUACUGGAAUUUGAUGACCUAGAUGGGACACAUGCUGUGAUGUCCCGCAUGGUUCAGGCCCAGAUCCCCUACUUCAUCUGGACCACUCGGCGGCGGCACGUGCUGGACUGUGAUGUUCUCUCCGAGGAUCAAAUGAUAAACCACUAUGCUGGGACUGAGGCCUUUACUACAAAGGUGGGUCUAUGUCUCAAUCUCCGGAAUUUGCCCUGGUUUGCUGAGGCUGAUGCCGAUUCCUUCUUCCCGCGCUGCUACUGCCUGGAGGCUAAGGAUGACAAAAAGGCCUUCAUAGAGGACUUCUGGCUGACAGCUGCCCGCAACGUUCUCAAGCUGGUGGUCAAGUCCGAAUGGAAGUCGUACUCUAUCCAGGCAGAAGAGGAAGAGGCCCUAGAAGACAAGAAGCCCAAGAAACAGGCGAGAAAGCCGGUGUUGGUGUCCUCACAGUUUGUGGAUGAGGCUCUGUGCGCCUGUGAGGAGCACCUUAGCAAGCUGGCCCACGUGGACAUCGACAAGAGCCUGGAGGCCCCGUUGUACCUCAGCCCUGAGGGCUGGUCCUUCUUCCUCCAGCACUACUACCAAGUGGUCCACGAGGGGGCAGAACUCAGGCACCUCAGCACUCAGGUCCAGCGCUGUGAGGACAUCCUGCGGCAGCUGCGGGACACGGUGCCCCAGAUGGGCAUGGAAGGAGAUCACAACAUCUGGAUCGUGAAGCCAGGAGCCAAGUCCCGUGGACGAGGAAUCAUGUGCAUGGACCACCUGGAGGAGAUACUGAAGCUGGUGGAUGGCGACCCCAGCAUGAUGAAGGACAACAAAUGGGUGGUGCAGAAGUAUAUUGAGCGGCCCCUGCUCAUCUUUGGCACCAAGUUUGACCUGAGACAGUGGUUCCUGGUAACCGGCUGGAACCCACUUACUGUGUGGUUCUACCGUGACAGCUACAUCCGCUUCUCCACGCGACCCUUCUCCCUGAAGAACCUGGACAAUUCGGUGCACCUGUGCAACAACUCCAUUCAGAAGCACCUAAAGAAUUCAUGCUGUCGGCACCCGCUGCUGCCCUCAGACAACAUGUGGUCAAGCCGGGAGUUCCAGGCCCACCUUCAGGAGAUGGGGACCCUGAAUGCUUGGUCCACUAUCAUGGUGCCGGGCAUGAAGGCCGCAGUGAUCCACGCCCUGCAGACCGCCCAGGACACUGUGCAGGGUCGGAAGGCCAACUUUGAGCUGUAUGGUGCUGACUUUGUGUUUGGUGAGGACUUCCAGCCCUGGUUGAUCGAGAUCAACUCCAGCCCCACCAUGGAGCCCUCCACGCCUGUCACCGCCCAGCUCUGUGCCAACGUGCAAGCCGACACCCUGCGCGUGGUCAUUGACUGGCGACUGAACCACAACUGUGACACUGGAGCCUUUGAGCUCAUCCACAAGCAGCCCGCUGUGGAGGUGCCCCGGUAUGUGGGUACCCAGCUCCUAGUAAAGGGUGAGGCCAUCAAGAAGCCCCUGGCAAUGUGUCACCGGCGGAUACGGGUCCGCCCAGCUCCUCACCUGCUGACCCAGCAAGACUCUGGGGAAGGCAAGGACUUGGGGACCCUUACCCACAGGUCAGCUCCUAGGGAAGUUGCUGAGGCCAGGAGCUUCGGGCACAUGGAGAAGCCAGACUCCACUGCCACCACCUCGGCCCCCAGAAGGGGUAAGAAAGGCAAAGAGAAAAGUGUCAUAGCCCUGGUCUGCCCCAAUCUCCAGCAGUGGGAGCCCCACCCCGGCAGCACCAGGAUGGGCUGCAUUUUCACCAUGACCUUUGCUAGUGGGGACAGGCAGCCCCACCCCUUGAACAGAUUGCCCCUGAGUCUGAAGAACCCCCAGGCCCUGGCCCCUUGCCACUUCCCCAGCCUCCACACCCAGGCCUGGCUGCCAUCCUGCAAUGUGCUCCGCGCCCAGGGGCAGGACCUCAGACUGCAGUACAGCAAGCCAGUCGGCACUAGGACCCUGUUGACCACCGGCAAGGCCUCCAUAACACUACCUACCACCAAGGGUAGGAUUUCCUUACCACCGGACCCUGAGCUCAAGCUGGCAUCCAACAUCCUGAAACCAAGAAAGGCUGUGGCUCCCCAGCACCUUCGUGGUCCCCAUCCUGGAAGCACCUUGUGGCCUCUACACUUCAAAGCUGGAACUAUUCCUAGCACCCAUACGAAGAUCAAGGGCAAAGGCAAGGUCAAGACCAGACUCUGUGACAAACCCAAGGCGGGCUGCCUCAUGAAGACACUGAGCCUCCCAAGCAAGACCUCUGCUCCUUAGAAAUGCACACCAGGGGUGGAGGGGCAUGGGGGAUGUGAGGCUAGAGGAGCCCUGGCUUCGACCCACACUGCCCCUAUCCUGGAUGCAGCGCCAAAUAAAA